AUGUGGAAGCGGCUGCGUGGGAAGGAGACGCAGAUCAGUAACCCUACACUGAUUGACACGACCUACGAUGGGAACACCUUCGAUCGACUCUACAAUGUCUCCGAUCUGAGCCCAACCAGUCCAUCAAACACCGUACGACCCCUCCCUUCCAACCUCAAUGCCGACGCCAUCCGUACACCUCAGCCAAGAAAGCUAUACACAUCAAUCGCGCCGUUGGUUGAUAGCCAUGCCCAGCGAGCCUCAGAAGCUCCGUCAUCAGUCUAUUCUGAAGAUGCCCGAGAUUUGCCGUACCAACAAAAGUACAAUAACCCAAGACAUGGUCAGACAGGAUAUUUUCACGAGGAAAUCUCCCCCCCAGCCUCGCCGGAUCUUUCACCUAACCUAGCAUAUCAACGCCGAUCAGUCUCCCCUGUGGAUCAUUCAACACCCGACCGUCAAGGACUGCCUUCGCGAUCCCCUCAAAGCCAAAUACCAGUCAUGAAGAGAUCCCCCGGGGGGCCAGGUGUCGAUGCCGGCCGAGACGGCCGGACUGCAUCCGGCAGUACUACGAAAUGGGAUACAUACUCGGGGGAACCGACGACAAGCGAGAAAGGCCGUCCUGGAUCCUUUCGCCCAGGCGAUGUUAUCGACGCCGAUAGUGAGGUUCCAUCGAAGCUUCAACAUCCGGCUUUCUCGCAGCACGACACCGAUGAACGAAGUAAAAUCCAAGCGUUUUCCCAACGUGCUGCACGGCUCACGAACCGGGAUCAAAAGAAAUCCAUCGAGACACAACCCCGGAAGCCGUGGAAGGGCGCAAGCGGUCGCCAACCAAUCGUGCCUCCCCCUUCGGACCAGAUAGAACCACGCGAGCAUCCCAUCCCGAUUCCGCCGCGAAGCAGUAAACGACCAGGACCGCCAUCGAGAGCGGGUGAUGGCUCGCCCAUGUCAAAUAUGCGCAUGGCACCUUCGAACGAGGCACUUGGCGUUUCAGCCGUACGACCGGCUCGGUCCGAUAGCUAUGGAACCAAUAUUAAAGGCGCUGGGGGGAGGGAUAGUCCUCAGGUAACGGCGCAAACAAACUCGUCAGCAAACACGAUCAUUCCUGCAAGUCCAUCGCCACAGGUACGGGGAGGCCCCGCAGCGCCACGAGAAUUGGAGCCGAAUAAUCGUCGUCAAGCUCACCAGCGGAAACCGUCUGACAAACGGAUACCUCGCAAGUCGAUCGACACGACUGCCAGCGCCGCUGAUCCCAACGACCCAACUAGCCGGUUCAGUUGGACAACGUACGCCACCAACACGACCUAUCAGAAUUCUCCGCCCCCUUCUCCACCUCCGCCGAUUCCAGCCGCAUUCGCAAACGGAGGUGGCAUGCUGAACCGUGGUCGACCAAUUCCGGUUGAUAAGGAAGAAGGUGCACCAUAUGCGGACGCCCCUUCACAGCCUCAUAAGAUAUCUCCUGUCCAACGCACCCGAGAGGACAAAGAGAACGAGCCGGCGUCUUCCACCCGAAAGCCAAUUCAAUACGCGCAGAUCAACACGAGAGUCGUCGGUAUCUCUGACCCCUCAUCCAACACUUUCCGUGAUGGAUCUCGAUCAGUCACUCCCACCACCGGUAGUGGAAUGUCUUCUACCCGUCAAGGUGGUGGGAAGGCCCUCCCCGCUCCCCCUCCAGACCCGACCCAAGAUCCCAAUGACCACAUUGCCGCUCUGCAAUCGAGGCUCGACGACCUCUCCCACCAACGCGUCAAUAUUGCGAAAGCAGAGCAGUCAAUUCGUGCGCAGCAGCCACAAAACCCACUGAUCACGGAUCUGAAGGCGAUGAGGGAGUUUGAGCGGAAGCUGGAGGCACUGCGCGAGGAGCUGUCGGAGGUGAAGAGGGAGGAACACGAGAUUGGGUUAAAAGUGCAUCGGGCAUGGAAGAAGAGGGAGAAGGAAGAAGGAGGCUGGGAUGGUGGACUUUGGGUGAGGCGCGUCACUGGAUGA